AUGAAAGGUAAAAAAUCAUUAACAAACUUUUGGAAAGAUCCACAUCCAUCAACAGCAACAGGCAAUACAGCAAACAAUAGCAAUAACGGCGGCAAUACUAAUACAAAUGGUAGCUCACCAACAAAAGUAAAAGAAGGUCAGGUUUUUGGGAUACCUCUAAAUGAUAUUUUUAAAAGGUAUUCCACUAUUAAUAAUAUACCAAAUAUAGUAUGGCAUAUCACCUCAAACAUUAGAGAUAAUUUUAUGGAUGUCGAGGGAUUAUUUAGAAUACCAGGAUCAAAUACAACACUACAACAAUUAAAAAAAUAUUAUAAUGAAGGAAAAAUACAAAACAAAGAGGAUUUAAAUAUUAAAUGUGCUGAUAUUCAUACACAAGCAAGUUUAUUAAAAUUAUUUAUUAGAGAAUUACCCGAUCCAUUAUUCACAUUUUCAUUAUAUGACUCAUUUUAUAAAAUCACAUUAGUUGAGUCACUUAAAGCAUUAUUAAGUCAAUUACCAAUAGCACAUUAUUCGCUGUUAAAGUAUUUAGCAGAACUAUUAAGAGAGGUUGCCACCCAUUCAGCAAACAACAGAAGGGCAUCAACUAAUUUAGCAAUUGUUUUCGGCCCCACUGUAAUGAGACCCCAACAAGAAGAUAUUGCAAAAAUGAUUGAAGAUGCAAGACAUAUAAAUGGUGUCUUUUUAUUAAUUCUCGAUGAAUAUGAAUAUUUAUUUAAUAACGCAGAAUUACCAUCAUUUGUUACUAGUCCAAACAGUGGAUCUCCUUCAAAUAUUAAAGGUAUAUUAAUAAGUCCAAAUAGCAAUUCUCCAUCACUAGACAACUCCCCUGUAUUAACUAAACAACUAUCAUUCGGAUCAACUAAUCCAAAUAGAAAGGCCGCAAAAUUCUUAAUUACAAAUUAUAAUGAUUUUAUUGUAGAAAAUUCAGAAGAUAUUAGUAAUAACAAUAAUAGCACUAUUGAAAUAAACAAUAGUACUGUAGAAACCACCACAAUACCCAACAGCAUAACACCACAAUUAGAUAAUAAUAACAAUACCCAACAACAACAUACAUCAAAACAACAAUCACAACCAAAUAUGCAACCAAAUCAACCAUUUUUAUCGACUUCACCAAUGAUGAAUAAUCAAAACAAAUUCUCAAUUCUUUUGCCUGUAAAUAAUAAAGAAGGUGCACCAUCAUCACCAAAUCCAUAUAAAACAUUGUCAAUAGUAUCACCAUUACCUCCAGCGUCUCCAAGAUCGUCAUUAACAUUAGAGUAUGAUAUUCAUAAUGGAAACAAUCAAAAUAAUAACGAAUUGAUCCGAAAUUUAAUAAAGAAAACAUGUUCAAUGCUUUUCGAUAAAGAUUUACCAAACAUUCUUACAAGCUCUUUUGAAAUAGUCAAAGAUGAAACAUUUAUACCUGCAUUUGAUACUGCCCAUACCUCUCCUAAUAGUGCCGAUCUUGGCGCUCAAGUUUCACCACGUUUCCUUAGAUCUGCAGGCAAUGAUGUUUCCUCAAGCAACUCCUCACCUCAACUUCGUUCAUUAUUAAAAAAUAAUAUAAAUAAUAAUUUAAAUGGUCUCAAUAACUUACCAACUUUAUUGGGAACCCUACAACAAUCACAACAGCAAUCAUCACCACAAGCCCAACAAAAUAAAAAUGAUUUUGAUACCAUUACAAAUAAAAAUGAAGAAUCCGCCUGUAUAAUACAAACCAAUUCAACUGCUACUAUUGUAGCCUCAAGUGCUGCCACCCCAUCACUAAUUGCACCCAAUGUUCCCUCUUCAUCAUCCUCAUCCUAUUCAAAUCCUACAACAACCUCAACAUCAUCAGUCUCAUCGCAACAACCACCAAACCAUAUUUCACCAAGCCAUCAACAAACUCUAUUAGAUUUAAAUCCAUUAGAACAAGCAUUUAACCAUUUAGAAAAAAUUAGAAAAGACUCUAAAAGAGUUUCAGAUAUUAACCUUAUGUCAAUUGAUGACUUAAAUGAAGAAAAAUCGGCUAUUAAAAAAGAAUUGCGUGACUUUGAUACAAAUUUCAAAAAACAAUAUGGUCAACUACCUAGAAAAAAUGAUAAAGAAAUCAUGAGACCCCUUUAUACAAGAUAUAGGGAAGUAAAAUCCUUAAUAGACUUAAAAUCACCUCAAUUAUCCAAUUCCUCAACCCCAAACUCACUUUCAACCUCAUCAAACACAACAACCCCAAUUUCAUUAUCAUCAUCGUCAAUUAAAAGUAAUGGUCAUCACAAUAACUAUAUAAAUAAUAAUAACUAUAAUAAUAAUAUGAAUGGCUCAUCCUCAUCAAUCUCCACAAUAUCUACCAUUAGCUCAUUAAGCAAUAGCCAAGAUUUACAACAAAAACAAAAUAGCUCAUCUUCAUCACUAAUAAGUAAUAAUGGAGCUAGUAGUAAUAAUAGUGGAUUUAAAUCUUCAUCACCUCCUAACUCAAAUUAUGUAUCACCUUAUGUUUCUCCAAGUGCCUCAUUUUCAUCUUUAUCAGAUUUACAAAACAAUCAAACACCAAAUAAUAAUAAUAAUAGCAACAAUAAUAAUAACAAUAAUAACACCAAUAGCUCAAAUAACUCACAAUCAAAUGAAAAACAACUACCAACUGAUUUAUCAAAACUAUCAACCAAUGAAUUAAAAGAACGUUAUAUUAAAGUAAAGGGUGAAAAGAGAACAUUACAAAUAGACUUACAUAGAUAUCAAUCCGAUUUUACUAAAAAGCAUGGCAGAAAAGUUCAAUUUGUCGAAGAUAGAGUUCCUGUACAGACAGAAUACGAAAAAUAUAAAGAAUUAAAAAUUGAACUAACUUUGAUAGAAAAACUAUUGGGUAUAAAUCCAGCCAAUCCUCAACAAUCACAACCACAGCCACAACAACAACAAAUCAGAAAAUAAUUAUGAUGGUUUGUUAAAUUACCAACUCACCAUAAUUACAAAUUAUCUACCCAAUAUAUUUAUGAAUUAUUUUUUUUUUUUUUUCAUUGGCCCUCUUUUUUUAUUUCUUUUUUUCGAAUUUUUAAAAUAUAAAUAAUAAAAAAAAGAUGUCAAUUUUGUAUAUUAAAAUUUUAAUACUUUUAUCCCUUUUGACUUAAUUUUUUAGUAUUUAUC